CCACGAUUCGACCCUAUUCUCCCCAAAUUCCUUUUAAUCAAAACAACAACCGCGAUUCCAUCAAAACCUUUAAAAAUUUCUAAAACAUAACCCAACAAAACCCUCAAGUCCCUCUCGUUUCCUCCCGUGAUUCCAGACAAAUCACACAAAAUCACAAAACAUAAAAGAUCAUUUGCCAAAAGAGAAAACAAAAAAAAAUCGUGAAAAUCCAUCCGUUCUCCAAGAAAAUCGUCUGCUGUCACUGCGUUCACGCGCUUUGUCUGCAACAGCUGAUUUCUGUCAGUGUACAUCCUGUCUUCCCUCGCCAGAACCACCAGAAAAAAACGAAAAAUUUCAACUUCUGUCAUUAAAACCCGUCCAGCAGCUUGAGGAGACAUAAAAAAAUAAUGGACUCUGACGAGGAAACUCUCUACGACGAGGUGGACUCUGGCAACGAGUCCAGCGGAGAUGACGUUGAUUUUGCCAUGGAGUGCGAGCCUGGUAACCUAAGAGAACGCACCAAUGAUGCCGAUGAUUAUCCCUUCGAGGUACUCACCACUGAGGAAAUUGUUCAGCACAUGGUGGACUGCAUCAAGGAAGUCAAUACAGUUGUUGAGAUACCAGCAACGACAACUAGAAUAUUAUUGAAUCACUUCAAGUGGGACAAGGAGAAGCUCAUGGAGAGAUUCUACGAUGGAGAUCAGGAGAAAUUAUUCGCCGAGGCUAGAGUUGUCAAUCCAUUUAGCAAAGGUGCACUCAUCAGUAGAUCACGUUCUGCCCAGAGCUCAUUGUCAAGGAAAACAUCUACAAAUGGCACCGAGGAGUGUGGUAUCUGCUUCACAACGUUACCAUCUUCCAUGAUGACGGGACUGGAGUGUGGCCAUCGGUUCUGUGCUGGAUGCUGGGGCGAGUAUUUGACGACAAAAAUAAUGGAAGAAGGGGUUGGUCAGACUAUAGCGUGUGCUGCUCAUGCUUGUGACAUUCUCGUUGAUGAUGCUAGUGUCAUGCGGCUGGUGAAGGAUUCUAAAGUCAAGCUUAAAUAUCAGCAUCUCAUUACAAACAGUUUUGUUGAGUGUAACAGGUUACUGCGAUGGUGUCCAUCACCGGACUGCAACAGCGCAAUAAAAGUUCAAUACGUUGAGGCUAAACCAGUGACGUGUAAGUGUGGACAUACAUUCUGCUUUCACUGCGGUGAAAAUUGGCACGAUCCAGUUAAAUGUCAUCUCCUACGCAAGUGGAUUAAAAAAUGUGACGAUGAUUCCGAAACGUCUAAUUGGAUCGCUGCCAAUACCAAGGAAUGCCCAAAGUGUAAUGUCACUAUUGAAAAAGAUGGGGGCUGCAAUCACAUGGUAUGCAAGAAUCAGAACUGCAAGACUGAGUUCUGUUGGGUUUGUUUGGGGCCCUGGGAGCCACAUGGCUCCAGCUGGUACCACUGCAAUCGUUAUGAUGAGGAUGAGGCCAGAGCUGCCAGGGAUACACAACAAAAAUCACGUUCAGCACUCCAGAGAUACUUGUUUUAUUGCAAUCGGUACAUGAAUCAUCUGCAGUCACUCAAGUUUGAGAGUAAAUUGUAUGCCAGUGUCAAGGAGAAGAUGGAGGAGAUGCAGCAACACAAUAUGUCCUGGAUCGAGGUCCAAUUCUUGAAAAAAGCCGUUGAUAUUCUGUGUUUAUGCAGACAGACUCUAACGUACACAUACGUUUUUGCUUAUUACUUGAGGAAAAAUAAUCAAUCUGUGAUCUUCGAGGAUAACCAGAAGGAUCUGGAAGGUGCGACCGAAUUGUUGUCCGAGUAUCUCGAGAGGAACAUAACGAGUGAAAAUCUUGCUGACAUCAAGCAAAAAGUUCAAGACAAAUACAGAUAUUGUGACAAUCGGAGGAAGGUAUUACUCGAGCACGUGCAUGAGGGCUACGAGAAAGAAUGGUGGGAUUACACCGAAUAAGAAAUAGCCAAUCGCAAACGGAAUUCUCCUCGUAUCAGGGAUGCAAUGGUCUGCCCCUCACUCUCUAGCCCUCCCGUGACCGCCUCAACUGUGAUAACUCGUAAAAAAAAAAUAAAUAAAUGAAAAUUCAAAACAAAAAGUAUAUAUAACAGAUUUCUGAUGGGAGAUAGGACCGAAGGGUCUCUUGUGGUCAUCGAUUCGAAAAAUUUUCCUUAAUGUGCGAUCAGAAAUGUUGGAUUCAAAAUUAGAGAAAUUGUCACUUUUAUUUUAUUUGCUUCGCUCUCGAGUCUCAAGGUAUUAGUGUUUUUCAUUGCACGACGGCGGUUAGAGAUACUUAAAAUUUCAUAAAUGGUAUAAAUGUGAUUUUU